AUUUCAAAUGUUUCCUUUCCAAAGUACUAUUUUUAUUUUAGUCCCAAGUCCCUUUUCGCCCCCUUGCCGCUUGUACUAUCUUUAUUUUAGUCCCUAUUCCCUCUUCCGCCUUAUAACAAACACCUAGUCCGCAUAAUUCUCAACCUCUCUAUCAAUGCUAAGGGCUUUUCCUGUGGUUUCCCGCCUACCCAUUCCCUCUCCCACAAGUACUCAGACUACGAGUGUUUUGAGCAGAAUGAGCUCAACAGCCCCAUCACCAAAAUUCCCAAAAUUUGUUCCUGUGGAAGAGAGUACCAUCCAUUCGAUAAGUAAACCUGAUGGUAUCAGGUUUAGUCUUGUGUCGUAUAACAUUUUGGCUCAGGUAUAUGUAAAGAGUUCCUUGUUUCCACACUCUCCAUCCCCUUGUCUGAGGUGGAAAGCUCGCUCACAGGCAAUUUUGAGUGUUCUCAAGAACCUUGGAGCUGACUUUCUCUGCCUGCAGGAAGUUGAUGAGUACAACAGCUUUUACAAAGGAAAUAUGGAGAGCAAUGGCUAUUAUAGUUCUUAUAUUCAGAGAAGUGGGCAAAAGCGUGAUGGAUGUGGAAUUUUUUACAAGCACGACAUGGCAGAGUUGCUGUUAGAGGAGAAAAUAGAAUACAACGAUCUUGUAGACUCAAUUCUAGAUGGAAAUGGACUUGGUGAUGAUAAACCUAAUAACAAAGAAGCUAUCGAAAACAAAGACGAUGGACCCAAAAUUGGUUCAACAUUACAAAGCGCCCUGGAUCAGGGAGACCCUGAUGAUCCUUGUGUCAGACUGAAGCGUGAUUGUGUUGGAAUUAUGGCAGUGUUCAAGCUUAAAAAUCCUUCUAAUCAUGUUGUUAUUGUGGCAAACACACACCUUUACUGGGAUCCAGACUGGGCUGACGUUAAGCUUGCACAAGCUAAAUAUCUUCUAUCGCGCUUAGCUCAAUUUAAAACAUUGGUAUCCCAGAGAUUUGACUGCAGUCCUUCAUUAAUUUUAUCUGGUGACUUCAAUUCAACUCCAGGGGAUAAGGCAGGUGGUGAUGCAUGCCUGCAUGGGGUACACAAAAAUAAAAAGAUAAAUUGAUGCGAGUGUGAGUAAAGAUAAAAUAAGAAGGUACAAAUUGUUUGUGGAGAUGUACUGCCUUAUCUGUACAGAGCUCCUCAAAGUAUACAUGCCAAAGAUUUGCAAGCUGAGCUAAAGUUGCCGGCAAGUAGCUGGGUCGCUUAGAAAAUAUUUUACUUCAAUGACCUCCAAUACUUCCACUAGUUCUAACAUUUUGAACAUUCCAGGUUUACCAGUACCUUAUUUCUGGCAACUCUUCAU